GAACAGAAGAUUUGCAGGGAUUUAUCGAAACCAAAUUUGAAGUAUCUGAACGCAAGACAAGCGAUUCGAGACGUGGAAAGUUUUGUCGAUCACAUCAAUAGACGUGAACGAAUGACUGAACCCAAAUGGAUUGCACUCGGUGGAAGUUAUUCUGGAAGUUUAGCCGCGUGGUCACGCGAGAAAUCGCCGAGGAGAAUCCGAGCCGCAGUGGCUAGUUCGGCUCCAUUGCUGGCGAAAGUUGAUUUUAAUGAGUUCGACAAACAAGUGGAAACAAUUCUGACGAAGUCUGAUCCAGACUGUGUGUCAAACAUAAGAAGUAUUUUCCGAUUGCUUGUCGAGAAGAUGAAAACGCUGAAGGGAAGGCGUGAAAUUGUACGGGUGUUCAGAUUGGAUGAUUCUUUAUUACGGCCUGGUAUGAGUGAAAAGGACGUUCAGAAUUUUUUCUUUGUGGUGCGCAAUUACAUCAACUUCAUCAUUAUGCACAGUGCAAUUAACGCGCGCAUUCAUCGUGAUCUGCUAACGCUUCACUCAAUGUGUGACAAACUGAGAGGUGGAACGUCUAUCAAACAGUUGCGAGAUGUAAUUUCAAUGGUCAUGAAAGCGCAUGGCAAAUCGCCUCUUACGCCGAUUGAUAUCAGUUACAGAAAUUUUGUCGAGUUCAUGAAGAACGAACGCUUCGGAAGGCCAAGUUCACAACGUAUUCAUUAA